CCUGGCCGCCGCUCCACUCGAUAGCUGACCUUAUCCGUGGCACUUGCUUGAUUGUGGCUACGCCGUGCGUCGUCCGGUAUCGACCGGGAGGUGAGAUCGAGCUGCGACGGGCUCUGGAUAGCCUCGGGAUACUUGUACAAAAGCACAAGCUGCUCCACUCGAGGCGAUCACAGCAACUCUCCGUCUCGCGAUCAUGGGAAUUAGAGUCAAGUCCCCCUCACCAACCAUCGAGGCCAUGCCGACCCUCCCGCACUCGGGCCAGUCCACCCCUCCCCUCGAGGAGAAGGACAAGUCGGGACCGACAACACUUGUGUCCGUCAACUCUGUAGCUGGUGAAUCCAACCCCCACCUCAUCAAGCAGUUUAGCUUCUUCUCCUCCCUCGGCAUGGCUUUUGUCAUCCUCAAUUCCUGGAUCAUCGCCACGAUGACUCUCAACGUCGGCAUAUCACAAGGUGGCCCGGUUGUUGUGCUCUGGGGCGAGCUCAUCGCCGGAGUCGGCCAGGUAUCCAUCGCGCUCUGCCUUUCCGAGCUGUGCUCGAUCUGGCCAUCCCAAUCGGCGCAGUACGGCUGGACAUAUCUCGUCACGCACGCCAACCGCAGUUUGACCACCACGGCGGUGCCGACCCGCUGGGGCACAAUUCUGAGCUACUACGACGGCUGGCUCGCCUGGGCUGGAUGGUGCAUCAUGUUCAGCGGCGCAGCUAGCGUCACGACAAACAUGACAUAUUACCUCGUCUGCCUGUGGAACCCAGACUUUGUUCUCGAGCCAUGGCACUUUUUCCUCCUCUACGUGCUGUGCCUCACCAUCUCGCUCGUUAUCAACACGUUUGCCAGCCGCCACCUGCACAUGUUUGAUUUUAUCGGCAUUUUCUGGCUGGCCGGUGGAGCAGUGAUCCUCAUCGUCGCGACCCUCGCUUGUGCCGGCACGAAGAGCACCGAGCCAAUGUUCCAGUCUGCAAAGUUUGUCUUUACGACGUUUAUUAAUGACUCGGACUGGGGAAACUUUGUGCUUUUCAUGACCGGCAUGGUGCAGCCGACUUUUACGAUUACUUGCUUCGAUGCCGUGGCCCAUGUCAUCGACGAGAUGCCCAACCCCCGCCGCGACGCGCCACGCUGCAUCUCCGCGACGGUUGUCUUUGGCUGCGUCUCCACCUUCAUCGUGGUUCUCUGCCUCAUGUUCACCAUCACCGACAUUGACGCCGUGAUCACGAGCACGGCCGGGCCACUAGUCACCAUCCUAUACCAAGCCACUGGAAGCCGGGUCGGCGCGACCUGCCUCACGCUGAUCCCGUACAUCGGCACCCUUAUCGGCUCGCAGGCGACCCUGACCACGGCGAGCCGCAUCACGCUCAACCUCGCCGAGGAUGAGGCCGUUGUCUGCUCCAAGUUCUUCCGCAAGGUCAACAAGCGCCUCAACGCCCCUAUCCCUGCGCUCGUCGUGCCGUGGUGCGUCAGCGUGGUGAUCGGGCUCUUGUACCUCGGGAGCUCGGCCAUGUUCAGCUCUAUUCUGUCCACCACACUGGUGGCCCUGGGCAUCUCGUACCUCAUUCCAAUUAUCGUCGUUGCGAUCAAGGGCCGCAGCACCAUCCUCGAGCUCAAGCCUCAGUUCUCCCUUGGCAAGGUCUUUGGCGGAAUCUGCUACGCCAUCGCCAUAUCAUGGGGCCUCUUCACGGCCGUCAUGUUCUGCUUCCCCGCCACGUCAACUGUCAACGGCAGCACGAUGAACUACACGGCACCAGUCAUCGGCGUCGCCAUGCUCCUCGCCACGGUCAACUGGUUUGCGUACAGCCGGAAACACUACACCGGUCCCCAGGUGGUCGACCAGGUGACAGAGCCAGAGUGCAAGGCAUAGAGAGUCG